AUGCUCGGCUCGACCUUUUGUUCACUGGCAGUUGCCGCCAUCGUCUUUCUCUGCGGCACAUCAGCUCAUCCUGGUGAGAAAUUGGAUGUCAGGGAGGCUCUGACGGAAGCAAGAGUUCGACACACGUUGGCCGACCUACAGUACAGGGAACUCAGCAAGUGCAAUGACGAUGCUGAAGCCCAGUCUCGUGCCGACCGCGCCAUGAAGCGCCGCCUGGAAACAUUCCAGAGACUGCGCAAGGAACGGGGCAUCAGCUCGGACAGCCAUCUGUACAUCCACCGUCGAGACAACGUCGCCUUUGCCAAGUGGGCAGCCACCUCGCACGACAAGACGGGCAUUCUCAACUUCACAACCGACACUCCCCACGCCGAAAUUUUUGGGGCUAACAGUACUUGUAUCCUCACCCCUGACAACAUUAUUGGCCCCUACUUUGUCCACGGCGAGCAGAUUCGCAGUAACAUUGUCGAGGGACAGGCUGGGAUUCCACUGCAUCUCGAGUUGUCGUUUGUCAAUAUCAAUACCUGCAAGUCGACGCCGAAUUUGCUCAUUGAUAUCUGGCAGUGCAAUGCCAUGGGUGUUUACAGUGGUGUGUCGGCAGCUGGCCAGGCUGGUCUGAAGACGACCUAUCUGCGUGGAGUCCAACAAACCGACACAGACGGCGUGGUCGAGUUCGACACCAUCUUCCCGGGCCACUACCAGGGGCGAGCAACGCACAUCCACGUUUCCGUCCACAGCGGCGCCAGGGUCCUGCCAAACAACACAUACACCGGAGGCACCAUCCACCACAUCUCGCAAAUGUUUUUCGACCAAGCCCUCAUCAACGCCGUGGAGCGGACGGCGCCCUACAGCAGCAACCGCGUCCCCCGGACCAGCAACGCGGCCGACGGGUACACGGGCUAUUCGGCGACGUCGGCCUACGAUCCCUUCCCCGAGUAUGUCCUCCUGGACGCCAACGACAUCACCAAAGGCAUCUUCAUGUGGCUCGAGGUCGGGUUCAACCAGAAUGUCAACUACGAGGCCUACAAGACCAUCGCCGCGUAUCUGGGGCCCAAUGGCGGCACCAACAACCCGGCGUAUGACUGGUUGAAGGGCAUCACCCCGCCGCCUACUCACGGGUAG